AUGCUGAAAGAGUCUCUGCCUGCCACUCCUGCUAAAAUCACCGCGGAGUGGUUCUCAUCCAAGCUCGGGCAGAAGGUCAAGUCGAUUGAGAACACACGCAACAUCUGGGGCACCGCCAGCAAACUGUUUUACGACAUCACGUACGUGGAUGGAAGUUGCGAUGAGAAGCCGACAAAAGUCUGCGUCAAGGACGUCUUCGACCCGAAGAUGAUUGAAAGCCAGCCAUGGACCAUCAGCCUCGCACAGCGAGAGUCCGAGUUCUUCACCGACAUCGCACCUGUUGUGGACAACAUGAUCUUCCCCAAGUGUUGGUGGGCUGGCAAGAGCGACAAACAGGGCAUUGCCAUUAUGACUGAUCUGACUGCCGAGGGAUGUUCAUUCCCUCCCGAGGUUGCAUCAUAUCCCGUGGCCAUGGUCAUGAAUGGCGUGGAGCAGCUGGCCGGACUGCACGCAAAGUACUGGGGUCGGAGUCAGGAAGAUCAUCCAUGGAUCUGGAAUAAUUAUGACCCUGCCAUGAAGUUCAUCGCCUCGACCUGGGACGAGACUGUCCGCCUUCCCGGCCGUCGCCCUCAGCUGCCUGACUACCUCAUGGAUGGCAAGAGAUGCAAUGAGGCGCUGGACCGCUACUACGCCGAGGGGAACCCGCGAUUCCGCACACUGCUGCACGGCGACACUCACAUCGGCAAUGUCUACUUCACUGGCGAUGGCAAGAUAGGGUUCCUGGACUGGUCGGCCUUCCACUUCGGGUCUUGUUUCCAUGAUAUCGUCUACCACAUGACGGCCAUGUUAACUAUCGAGGACCGUCGAGCCCACGAGAUGGAGAUUCUCGACCAUUACUUAGAGACACUGCAUCGGCUUGGCGGGCCUAGAUUCGACCGUCACGGUGACCCAGAAGUCAUGAUAGAGUAUCGACGCUCCUUCAUGACGAACGUCAUCUGGCUCGUCUGUCCCGAUGGUCUUCAAAGCAAGGAACGGGUCGAGGUUCUCUGUGAGCGCACCGUUGCUGCCUACAACGACCACAAGGUCAUUGACGUGAUCCUCGAUGCGCCUAGACCAACCGCUUAA